AUGUCCGACCGCUCUGCUUUCAACGACGAGAAAGGGGGCUCCUCCAGCGUCGGAGAGCCUGAAUAUGGUCACGACCCUGCAAGCGGAGGGAUCUUCUCCUCCGACUACAAAAGACAUGACGACUUAAAGGAGAUGUUGGACAGCAACAAAGACUCCCUGAAGCUGGAGGCAAUGAAGCGGAUCGUUGCUAUGAUCGCCCGAGGUAAAAAUGCAUCAGACCUCUUCCCGGCUGUGGUGAAAAAUGUGGCCUGUAAGAAUAUUGAGGUGAAGAAGCUCGUCUAUGUGUACUUGGUGCGUUAUGCCGAGGAGCAGCAAGAUCUCGCUCUGCUCUCCAUUUCCACAUUUCAGCGAGGCUUGAAGGAUCCAAACCAGCUGAUCAGAGCCAGCGCCCUGCGAGUCCUCUCCAGCAUCCGAGUCACCAUCAUCGUCCCCAUAAUGAUGUUGGCCAUCAAAGAAGCUGCUUCAGAUAUGUCUCCGUACGUCAGGAAGACAGCCGCUCAUGCCAUCCCCAAACUCUACAGUUUGGAUCCAGAACAGAAGGACCAGCUGAUUGAAGUCAUAGAGAAACUCCUCGCUGACAAAACCACGUUGGUUGCGGGAAGCGUCGUUAUGGCUUUUGAGGAGGUGUGUCCGGAGCGAAUCGACCUGAUCCACAAGAACUACAGGAAGCUGUGUAACCUUCUGAUCGACGUGGAGGAGUGGGGGCAGGUCGUCAUCAUCAACAUGCUGACCCGCUACGCCAGGACCCAGUUCCUCAACCCAAAUAUGAAUGAGUCUCUGCUGGAGGAGGGAAGCGGUGGGGAUAAGACCUUUUACGGCUCAGAUGAAGAUGAGGACGAGGAUGAUGAGGACAAGGAGAAGAAGGCCGAGGCUGCAGUAAUGGCCAAGAGGAAGCCGUACGUGAUGGAUCCGGACCACCGGCUGCUGCUGAGGAACACUAAACCACUUCUGCAGAGUCGCAACGCAGCUGUGGUGAUGGCUGUGGCUCAACUGUACUUCCAUCUCGCUCCUAAAGCGGAGGUUGGGGUGAUCGCCAAGGCUCUGGUCCGUCUCUUGAGGAGCCACAGUGAAGUCCAGUAUGUCGUUCUUCAGAACGUGGCGACAAUGACGAUCAAGAGACGGGGGAUGUUUGAACCGUACCUGAAGAGUUUCUACAUCCGCUCCACAGACCCAACCCAGAUCAAAGUCCUUAAGCUUGAGGUUCUCACUAAUCUGGCAAAUGAGACAAACAUUUCCACCAUUCUCAGAGAGUUUCAGACAUACAUCAAAAGUAUGGAUAAAGACUUUGUGGCUGCCACAAUUCAAGCCAUCGGCCGCUGCGCUACCAAUAUCGGUGAGGUGAGGGACACGUGUCUGAACGGCCUGGUGCAGCUGCUGUCCAACAGAGACGAGUUGGUGGUAGCCGAGUCGGUGGUGGUUAUCAAGAAGCUGCUGCAGAUGCAGCCGGAGAAACACAGUGACAUCAUCAAGCACAUGGCGAAACUAACGGACAACAUCCAGGUGCCGAUGGCGCGGGCCAGUAUCCUGUGGCUGAUUGGAGAAUAUUGUGAGCACGUACCUAAGAUCGCCCCGGAUGUCCUGAGAAAGAUGGCCAAGUCGUUUACUAACGAGGAGGACAUCGUCAAGCUUCAGAUCAUCAACUUGGCUGCAAAGCUCUAUCUAACCAACUCCAAACAGACCAAACUGUUGACGCAGUACGUUCUGAACUUGGCCAAGUAUGACCAGAACUACGACAUCCGUGAUCGGGCACGCUUCAUUCGUCAGCUCAUUGUGCCCACCGAGAAGAGUGGAGCCCUUAGCAAGUACGCUAAGAAACUGUUUCUCGCCCUCAAGCCAGCACCUAUCCUCGAGUCUCCAUUUAAAGAUCGAGACCACUUCCAGUUGGGUUCAUUGUCCCACCUGCUGAAUGCCAAGGCUGGGGGCUACCAGGAGUUGCCUGACUGGCCUGAAGCCGCCCCAGACCCCUCCGUGCGCAACGUGGAGGUGAAGGAGUCUGUUUUUGCGCUGCUCGAAAGAGUCACAACAUUAACGAGUGUGCCUGAAUGGACCAAAUGUAGCAGCAGAGAGAAGAGGAAGGAGAAGAAAGUGGAGAAGCCGUUUUACUCGGACUCAGAGGGAGAGUCUGGGCCGACCGAGUCCGCAGAUAGUGAGUCGGAUUCUGCCAGCGAGUCAGAAAGCGGCAGCGGCAGCGAACAGAGCGGGUCGGGAUCAGAGAGCGAAGAGAGCGAGGAAGGCUCCGAGUCUGAGGAAGAGGAGGAGGAAGAGGAAGAGGAGAAGGAGAAGAAGAAGAAAAAGAAAGAAUUUAAGAAGCCGGUGCACGAAAGCGAAAGCGAGCAGAGCAGUGAAGAGGAAGAGAGGAAGCACGAGAGGAAGAGCAAACAGCGUAAGAGUGACUCAGAGUCCGAAUCUGACGAAGAGGAUGAAAGCGAGUCUGAGAGCAGCCAAUCGGAGUCCGAAGAAUCCGAGUCUGAGGCCGAGGUCAAAAAGAAAAAAAAGGCGGCUGAAUCCAAACCUCCUCCUAAACCUGUCAAAAAAGAGAGCAAGAAAGAGAAGAAAGAAAUGUCUCUACUCGACCUUGAUGAUUUCGAACCUGCUCCGUCUCCUCAAGUGACGCCCGUCAACUCGUUCCUGUCAAACAGCCUGGUGACCGACCUGGAGGGAUUAUCUCUGUCUGACGCUGUUCUCUCCCCGGCAGCCAUCACUCCCUCCAGUGCGUUGAAGAGCUACGAGCUCCUGCACCGCAUCACAGGCGAGGGUCUGUCGGUGGAGUACUGCUUCAGUCGGCAGCCGUUUAACUCGGAUGCUAACAUGGUGGCGGUGCAGAUGCAGUUCACCAACAACGCCACCUCCGACACCAAGAACCUGCACAUGGAGGAUGUGAAGCUGCAGUCUGGGAUGAGGGUCAAAGAGUUCCCAGAGAUCGAGCUGCUGCCAGCGGGCGAGACGGCCACAGCUGUGAUGGGCAUCGAUUUCUGUGACUCGACACAAGCGGCAAACUUCCAGCUGUGCACUCACACCAGGAAAUUCUUUGUGUCGAUCCAGCCGCCCGUCGGAGAGCUGAUGAAGCCGGUGUUUUUGACAGAGAAUGAGUUUAAGAAGGAGCAAGGUCAGCUGAUGGGUAUGAAUGAGAUCACGGAGAAGCUGACCCUCGACGUGAAGUGCCGGAACGAACACACUAUCGUCCAGAAGGUGACCACGGCCGCCAACCUCAGCAGAGUCCCCUGUGGCUCGGAUAAAGAGUGCAGGUUCGCCGGCAGGACGGCCACCAGCGGCAGCUUGGUGUUGGUUACCGUGGGGACAAAAGAGGAAGGGGCCGCCCAGCUGACCGUCAACUGUGAGAAAAUGGUGAUCGGCACCAUGCUGGUGAAAGAAAUCCUCUUGGCUCUGACGCAGUGA